GAUGCUGUAAUGAAAUUCCACACAGUGACACACUGAUGAGCCGUGUGUUAUAUCACAUGGACAUUCCCGGUGUCCAACAACAGCAGGCCUGUAUAGGUGGCAGGUCACAAGUUCUGGACACGUGGGUGUUCCCAGGACCCUGGACUGAGCUGUGCUCCUGCAUCGCGGUCCAAAUCCCACCGGCUGCCGUGAUGCACAACAACCGCAAGGAGCAUCUGUACAAGAUUCUGGUGAUCGGGGACCUGGGCGUUGGCAAGACGAGCAUCAUCAAGCGUUAUGUCCAGCAGAGCUUCUCCAGCAACUACAGGGCCACCAUUGGGGUGGACUUUGCCCUGAAGGUGCUCAACUGGGACUCAGAGACGUUUCGCCUGCAGCUGUGGGACAUCGCAGGACAGGAGCGCUUCGGCAACAUGACUCGGGUUUACUACAGGGAGGCUGUGGGCGCCUUCAUUGUCUUUGACGUCACUCGGCCAGCUACGUUUGAAGCGGUCACCAAGUGGAAGGCCGAUUUGGACUCCAAGUUGACUCUCCCAAACGGAAAGAACGCCUCGGUCGUCCUGCUGGCCAAUAAAUGUGAUCACGGCUAUGAUGCUCUCUGGGGCAGCGAUGGUAGGAUGGAGCAGUUCUGCCAGGAGAAUGGCUUUGUGGGCUGGUUCAAGACGUCUGCCAAGGACAACAUUAACAUUGAUGAAGCGGCCGACUGCCUGGUGAAGCAUAUCAUCACCAAUGAGAAUGACAUCCAGAAGUCAGUCAUUCUAGACACGAUCUCUCCACGGCUUGGCCCCCUCAAGGACACCACCUGCUCUGGCUGCUUUAAGGGAUGAGCAUGUGGCUAAGGGCAUGGUUCUAAGUGUGUUCGGGAGGUGGCUUUCAGUGGGUUUGGGACAUGGCUGCAAAUGUAGGCUGUUACAACAGGAAAAAAUGGAGCUGGAGAUGUUGCAUAAAGCAAGGCAGAUUCUGAGCUUUUGCUGUCUGAAGUUUAAAAUGUAAUGUGAACUACUGUAUUAUACUUAUAAAAUGCUGUGAGGUUUCAUACUAAAUACAAUCAAAAUAAGAAUUUGAUCUCAAAAUGCAUUUCUUCUUGCUCAUGUCUGAAAAUAUUUGGACAGCACACCUUCACACACUGCUGAACACACACUGUAUUACGCACUCACAUUACCAAGAGGGGUUCCUCAUGUUAGGGCACAAUAGGAACACUGGAUAUUCAUCUCUAUAUACAUGUUUGUGUAUUGAACUCUGACCCUACAAAGUGCAAGAAAUCCCCUACGGGGUAGCAGGUGGUGUGCGGUUAGAGCCGUUGCACUGGAUCCAGAAGGAUCUGGAUUCAAAUCCAACCUCCUGUUGUUAUACCCUUGAUCCAAGUACUU